AUGGAUACUCAAUUCAUUGGUGACCCGUAUCCCCAGCCACAGACCGCUGAGCGAUGUCUACGCGUACCGGUUCAAUAUGGUACAUCCAUGGCAGAGACACCGGAUCGUUGGGACUACGUGAUUGUGUUUCCAAACCCGCCCAAGCGCGUCAUCGAGGUGAGUGAUGAGCGUGAUACGAUUAUCAAGCGUCUACGUGGUGCGGGGCUGCGACUGCGUCUGUUUUACUCAACCGGAAAGAAGCUCGUGUUUUGCAAGAUUCGCGCGCCAGAAGAGCUCAUGCGUCGCGAUGCCGAGCUCCUUAAUAUGCACUUGCAGCUCGAUUCGACGGAGCUGCGUCGCGCUUCAUUCAACGGCAUUCCAGAGUACAGCAUUGCCCCCUUUCCAAUCCGAGACGUGAAACAAACGUACCGCUACUCACCAUUUGACUAUAUUUAUGCACCUUAUUUUCAAGCCCGAGACUUGCAGCACUUUUACGCCAGGAAGGGUCCAAAUGGCUCGCUCUUCUCCAGCACCGACCGUAUUAGACUCAUUGAGCAUAUCAUCACCAACCACCAAACAGGUGCUGGACAAGACCUUGACCGUCUGAUUUAUGAGGGGAUUAUCGUAGAGACCUAUCCGUUGCAUGAAGAGCAGGAAAAGAAGGAACUCCAAGAGCGCUGGAUUGUGUGGAAUACGUCUCCUAUGAACCAGCCCUUUGAUCAAAUUUGUCAGUACUUUGGCGUCAAGGUGGCGCUCUAUUUUUUGUAUCUAGGGCACUACACCAAAUGGCUCUUGUACCCAACCCUGGUGGGCAUCGUCACGGGCAUUGUAAGCUAUUCCGUUCCACACGACGACUACAAUACUGUGUUCGCCUACAUCUCGCCACUCUUUGGAGCUUUUAUGACUAUAUGGAUGACCAUCUACCUCGAAAACUGGAAGCGGGUUAACUCACGAGAGACGCUUCGUUGGGGCACUGCACACUUUUCGGAAACAGUGAGCCUUCGACCGCAAUUUUACGGUGAGCGUAUUCCCUCGCCCAUAAACGGCAAGUCAACACGGUAUUUUCCCCCUCGUGAAAAGCUUAAACGAGUAGCAUAUAGCUGGGUUGUGAUCUCCUUCCUCAUCUUGAUCGUGUUUGUUAUCGUGUCCUCAAUUUUCAUGCUAACGUACGAUCUCACUAAGGGUAACGACUCGGACAAGCUUGUGUUGGAUGACUACAAGUACGGCUCAAUUGUGUCGUCCCUCGCAAACGUUGUCCAGAUCACCAUCAUGACUAAGAUCUACAAUUACGUAUCAAUCAUGCUUGUGGAUCAGGAGAAUCAUCGCACGGAUAUGGAGUAUGAAAAUAGUCUUAUCGUCAAGACUGUGAUUUUCCAAUUUGUAAACAAUUACGCGGGUCUUUUCUACGUAGCAUUCUUAAAGGAAGGAUUUGAAGGUUGUGACGUGAGUUGCAUGCACGAACUUGAGUACAUGCUUGCUAUCGUGUUUUGCUCCCGGCUGUUUGUGGGCAACAUCACUGAGGUAGCUAUUCCGCGCUUGUUCGUGUACUUUAGCAAAUAUCAGCUGCUAGGUCACUUGGAUGAGUGCAAACAGUCUGAUGCCGAACGCGAACUUUUCAUGGCGCAGUAUGAUUGGCAUGGCACCUUUGACGACUAUACUGAGAUGGCGCUUCAAUUUGGCUUCACAACUAUGUUCGUUGUGGCGUUUCCGUUUGCGCCUUUGCUCUCGUAUGUGAACAACUACUUUGAGAUCCGCUUGGAUGCGUACCGUCUCCUUUUUGAGUCACGACGUCCUCGUCCGCGUAACGUGCGCAGCAUGGGUUAUUGGUACCUGGUGCUGCAAGCUUUUGCAGCUAUCUCAGUGUGCACGAACGGUGCCGUUGUCAUCUUUACAGGCGAUUUCUUUAAUCAUCUCGAAGCAUCCACUCGGGUGUGGAUGCUCUCAAUAUUCGUUGGUGGCAUGUUCCUCUUCAAGUACUUUCUUGAGGUCUGCAUCGACGACGUGCCUGAAGAUGUGACGGUGCAGAAAUACCGUCAAGAGUUCCUCAUUAGCAAGUGUCUGUAUCACAUGCCUGACGAUGAUGUCACUUGUCCAAUCGGUGACGACUGCAAUGUCCCGGAGAAUAUGCUUACCAUUGACGAAGAAGACUUUUGA